GGAGUAAUAAAUGAUUGGAGAAAGUUUAAAUUAGAGAGUGAAGACAGUGAUUCAGUUCCACCAAGCAAGAAGGAGAUUCUCAGACAAAUGUCUUCUCCUCAGAGUAGAGAUAACAAAGACUCAAAAGAAAGAUUCAGCAGAAAGAUGAGCAUUCAAGAAUAUGAACUAAUCCACCGGGACAAAGAAGAUGAAAAUUGCCUUCGUAAAUACCGGAGACAGUGUAUGCAGGAUAUGCACCAGAAGCUGAGUUUUGGGCCUAGAUAUGGGUUUGUGUAUGAGCUGGAAACUGGGGAGCAAUUCCUGGAAACUAUUGAAAAGGAGCAGAAAAUCACCACAAUUGUUGUUCACAUUUAUGAAGAUGGCAUUAAGGGCUGUGAUGCUCUAAACAGUAGCUUUACAUGCCUUGCAGUUGAAUACCCUAUGGUCAAGUUUUGUAAAAUAAAAGCUUCUAAUACAGGUGCUAGGGACCGCUUUUCCUCAGAUGUACUCCCCACACUGCUUGUCUACAAAGGUGGGGAACUCAUAAGCAAUUUUAUUAGUGUUUCUGAACAGUUUGCAGAAGAAUUUUUUGCUGGGGAUGUGGAGUCUUUCCUAAAUGAAUAUGGGUUACUACCUGAAAGAGAGACACAUGCCCUAGAUCAGACCGACAUGGAGGAAGAUAUUGAAUAA